CACUCAUCCUGCUAACCAUACCACCGCCCUCUAGGUUAAAGAGCACUUUGGUCAUCUUCACUCGCCGCAACCUCCCUCAGCUUCUACAAGCCAAGCUCACUUUCCCCUACCUUCGGGAUGACCCUUCGCGUAGUGCCACCGUCCAAAACCUUCACGGUGCACUCCUCCCUCCUCUUCGACCCCAAGAAAAAGGCCUUCAGGAAGAACAUCUCGAUAGAAGUUGAUCGGGACACCGGCUCCAUAACUAAUGUCUACGAACGUGAUAAUGAAGAUGACCUUCGGCUUCAAAUCUAUGCCGGAGACAUCGACCUAAGAGGCGCCGGCAAGUGCGUUUUGCCGGGGUUGGUGGACAGUCACACCCAUGUGUUUUUACAUUCCUAUACCGACCGCCCUUCCAUAGAACAGAUGCGCGAUGCUUCUGCUCUUGAACGCAUUAUCCGCGCCACCUCUCACGUCCGCGCCGCCUUACUCGCAGGAUUCACCACAUACCGGGACCUCGGCACCGAAGCCCUCGGCAACGCCGACGCGCAGCUCCGUGAUUGCAUCAACCGCGGGCUAGUCCCCGGUCCCCGCAUGUUUGUGGCAACCGACGCUUUAGCAUCCAACGGCUCUUACGAGAUUCGACGCGAGAACAAAUCCCUUUCAGGAUCUGGCGGCUUGAUCGUGCCCCGUGCUUCAGAUCCGUGCGAUGGCGUCGACGGCGUACGUGCUGGCGUCCGGCGUAGAGUAGGCGAUGGCGCAGACAUUAUCAAAUUCUACGCCGACUACCGCCGCAAAGUCAUGCGUUUCCCCGGUCCCGGGACUAGCAAUACUUCCAACCAACCCAUUCUCUUCCCGCCCGAUGACCCACGCAGGCGUAACCCUGCCGUACCGCUAUUUGGACAGGACGAGAUGGACGCCAUUGUGCGCGAAGCGAAACUAGCGGAACUUCCCGUAGCCGCGCACGCAGGCGAGACUAAAGCUGCGCUGAUGGCGGCGAGGGCAGGUGUGACGACGGUGGAGCACAUGUUUGAAGACUCGAACGGGCUGCUAGAUGAGACCCUAGAGGAGAUGAAACGUCAAGGGACGAUCUGGGUGCCGACGCUGGCGACGGUGGAGAGUGCCGCGCCGCAGUUUAUGGAGGAUUGUUUGGCUGCUGUUAGAAAAGCUGUCAAGGUCGGGGUGAGGGUGGCGACGGGCGGGGAUACGGGGGUGAUUGAUCAUGGGCUGAACGCAAGGGAGUUGGAACUAUUUGUUAAAGCGGGAAUUCCCAUUGAGGAGGUGUUGGAGAUGGCAACGGUGGGCGGGUGGGAGGCCUGUGGAGGGGAGUUGACAGGGUAUCGGUUUGGCUGGUGGGAGAAGGGGUGUAGGGCGGAUAUUAUCGCGCUGGAUGCGGAUCCUAGAGAGGAUGAAAAGGCGCUGAGGAAGGUGGGGUUUGUGAUGAAGGAUGGGAAGGUCUGGAAGCGGGAUGGACGGGCGGUUGAUAUGAUCACUGUCCCAGAGUUCCCGCCGUCCAUGGACAAUUGAUGAGCCGGGUGAAAGGCCUGGUGUGAACUGAGAUUAGUAUAGAGAGGUGAUAUCACCACCGGACAGCCCACGACCGUCUGGUACUAUAUGCCGACAAUCUUUGGAAGAAUAGCUUCGAAAAGAUGUAAGGGUGGACGGAAGGAUGAUUUGAUGAUGAUGAUCGUAGUAAAAUCAUGCUCAAUUACAAGCAUAAUCUACCUUCUCCAGUAUGACAAUACCAUGAAUCAUUGCUAUGAG